UUGUACUAUGGUGGAGCUAUCUACCCACUCUGUGUUAUUGGCUAUUACCAUACUUUGAUUAUUUUGUUAAUUAUUCUCCUUGAUCUUAAUUUCCAUGGCUUCUUCUCCUAAUCCUAAUCCUAGUCUUACCUACUUGUUGGUCCUUGCUGAUACUGUGCUUGAAUGGUUGCGUCUCUUAGAUAAUGAGGAGUUUCCAGUAUACAAGAGCACUGUUGCUGAUUACUUGUCUCGUCUGGAGAACGAUCUCUGGUUUGUCCAUGCUUCAUUUCAACAAGGAGGAUUAGUUGUACUUAACAGCCAUGAUCAUGAAAAUCUACUCAGAAGUAGUUUGGAAUUGGUAAUGAAAAUGUGGAAGAAGGCAUUGGAAACACGUUACGUAUUUCCAAACAAAAAAGUAGUCACUUUCAUGAACUCAGUCUCAGAGCCUCUGACAGUACUCUGCCAUGAAUUCGAAGAUGUAACGAAGAAACUACAUUCAUCCUUGCCCAAUACUAUUAUUAAUUCAAGUGGUGAAUCAGAUGAAGCAAAGUUUAUUGUUGGGAGAGAAAAUGACAAAGCAGAGAUCAUGAAACUUAUAAACAAAAAUAACUUUGGGAUGGGGGAGAAGAAUGCUAGAGUGAUCACCAUUUUUGGUGAUUCUGGAAUAGGAAAAACAACCCUUGUUCGAAAUAUCUACAAUGAUAUGGAGAAGAAAAGAUUCCAUAGGUGUAUAUGGGUUUCCAUGGGUGGUAAUUACAACUCGGGUUUGAUUGAGAUUAUCAGACAGCUUCUUGCCGCCGGUGGAGAUGUCCCAGCUUAUAAUCGCGACGAUGUUCCAAAGCGUCGGUUGCUAGAAGAACUCGGAAAAGCCAUAGAUAAAAAGAAAUGCUUCAUCGUUAUAGAUGAUUUGAUAGAUGAUGUGUUUCGGAAUACAGAGAAUUAUAAUCUUCUCAGUUUCCUCGGAAUCCAUUGUGCUUGGGGUACUCGCGUCUUAGUCACCACCAGAAGUGAAAAGCUUGCCGACGAACUACGUACGAGUUCUGCUCAACCCUAUCGAUUGGGUCCUUUGAAUGGAGAAGCUUCUUGGGAUGUUUUCAGAAGAAGAGCUUUUCUGGGGUUAAACGAGGAGGAGUUAUCACCAGAAUUGGUGAGCAAAAGGAAAGCCAUUGCUGAAAAAUGUGAAGGAGUUCCUUUACGUUUACUUGUAAUCUCAACAAUUAUUCUGUUAUCUCAAAAUCCUAACCAUUUGAAUGAUGAUGAUGAUGAAGUAGAAAAGAUUAUUGAAGAAGUGAGUGGGUAUAAAGGUGUCGUGAAUAAUCGAUUGAAUGUUGGGUGGAGACAAACUGAAUCUUCUUUACCUCGUGAUAUGGUUAUAGGGAGAGAUGAAGAAAAAUCAGUUGUACUGAACUUGUUGUUGGAGGAGAAGGAGAAGGAGAAUCUGCAACAGAAUCCAACGGUUAUUUCCAUUGUUGGAAUUGGUGGAAUUGGGAAAACAGCACUUGCUCAACUCAUUUUCAAUGACGAGAGAGUUGAAUCACAUUUUGAUCUUAAAAUCUGGGUUUGUGUGUCUGAUACAUUUGAUGUGAAAGUGAUUAUGGAGAAGAUUAUUGCAUACAUAACGAGUACUUACCCAGAAAACAAUGAGUUAAACCAGUUGGAAAUACUUCUUCGAAAUGAAAUACGACACAAGCGAUAUCUUUUGAUUCUUGAUGAUGUGUGGAAUGAGCGUGAAGAGAAAUGGAAGAGCUUAAUGGCAUUGAUGUCAUAUGGGAAUGGGAGCAGAAUUAUUGUAACUACUCGAAGUAGAAAAGUUGCUGAGAUUACAAGUGAGAAGAAGGAGAGAUUAAGUCAUGAGUUGAAGAGAUUAGAUGAAGAUUAUGCUUGGUUACUGUUUGUGAAAGUGGCUUUUGAGCAAGGAGAGCAUCCAAGCAAUGAUGAAAUCGAAAAAAUCGGACGAGAUAUUGUGAGAAAAUGUGAAGGAAUUCCUCUUCUGAUACGGACAAUUGGAAGCAUGUUGUUUUUCAAGAAUCCUGAAGAAGAGUGGCAAAGAUUCUAUGAUGAGAAACUUUCAGAGAUAUUAGAAAAUGCUUCUGAUGUUUUGAAAACUCUUGAAUUGAGUUAUUUAACUUUGGAAAAGUCUUUGCAGCUGUGUUUUGCUUACUGUGGACUUUUUCCUAAAGAUUAUGAAUUUGAGGUGAACACACUUGUGUAUUUGUGGGCGUCACAGGGUUAUGUGAGGCAGAAACAUCAUUUGGAGAAUCUUGACAUAAAAGGUUAUGAUAGUUUUGAGUAUUUACUUAAAAGAUUUUUCUUUCAAGAAACUGAGAAAGAUGAGUUUGGGAAGGUAAUAAAAUGCAAAAUGCAGAAUUUAAUGCAUGAUCUUGCUAGAAAAGUGGGAGAAGAACCUUAUGCAAUUGUUUGUAAUAAGGAAGAAAAGUUUAAUGGUGUAAUUCGUCAUGUUUCUUUCGAUUUUCAUUUAGAUUCAUCUUGGCAGAUUCCAAUUUCAUUAUUGUCUAAAUCAAAAAUGAUUUGGAGUUUGAUUUUGCCUAGGCAGUUUCGAUGGGCAAUUGAAGGCAGAUCAAAUGAUGACUCAAUUUGUGAUGUUAUUCUAAAAUUCAAGUGGUUAAAGAUGUUGGAUUUGCACAAUUCUGGCAUUAAGGUGUUACCAGAUUCUAUUGGUGAGUUGAAGAAUUUGGGUUAUCUUGAUCUUUCUCAAAAUGUUAAUAUCAAGUCAUUGCCAAGUUGUAUUGGUGAGUUGAAAAAUCUGCAGACUUUGAAACUCAAUCAUUGCAGUAAUCUCAGAGAAUUGCCCAGUGGUAUUACUAAGCUAAAUGGUCUGAGAAAUCUUGAAAAUGAGUCAUGUUCUUUGACUCAUAUGCCAAAGGGACUGCACAAACUAUCUAAACUUAGAAGAUUAUCAGAAUUUGUGUUGGAUAAGGGGAUUGAAAGAAGCUUACCAGAAUUGGUGUUGGAUAAGUGUAUUGACUCUCUCCCUAAGAAAAUAUUACCAGAAUCUGUGUUGAAUAAGUACUCUGUCUCAAAGAAAAGUGGGAAGCUCAAUGAACUAAGUGAUCUAAAUGAGUUGAGAGGAAAGCUCAAACUUACAAAUUUGAGAUUUCACAUAAGUGAUAAGACAUCACAAGCAUAUUUGUUCAUGAAGAAGCAUCUUUCAUCCUUAACAUUGAGUUGGGAUAUUGACGAAAUUGUUGAGGAAGAUGAUUGCGAAAAGGGACUAGAAGAUCUUAGACCACAUAGGAGUCUCAGAGAAUUUUGUUUAUCUGCUUAUGGUGGUAGAAAUUUUCCGAAAUGGCUUUCGUCUCUUAAAAAUCUUGUCAAGCUAUCAUUAUCGAAAUGCAACAAAUGCCAGUUCUUACCCCCACUAGAACACUUUUCAAAACUUGAAGUGUUGAUAGUUGAUGAGUUGAUGAAGCUGCAAUACAUUGUGGAGAACAAAUCAACAACAACAUUUUCAUCCUUGAAAGAGAUUCGCCUUACUAAUUUGCCAGAAGUAAAGGGAUGGUACUGGAAUGAUGCUGCAGAAAAUGUUGAACAAGAAGAAGAAGAAGAAGAAGCUACAUUUACUUGUCUUUCUAAAUUGGUUGUUGAGGAUUGCCCAAAUCUCACUUCCAUGCCUCUCUUUCCUUGUCUAGAAGAACUACUAUUGUUGAAAAACACUAGUUGGAAGCCAUUCAAACAGACUAUGGCAUUGGCAGCAACACAAGAAGCAUCAUCAUCAUCAUCAUCAUCAUCAUCAUCAAGUGGAUCUAGUUUCAAACAGACUAUAGUAUCAAAUAAAGGGAAAGAAAUUCAGCAACCAAAUGAACUCAAAAAGCCAUCAUCAACAACUUGUAGCACAGUUGCUCCUCUCUCCAAAUUGAGGACACUACAUAUCAUUAACAUGUCAAAUGGUGAUCCAAAUAUGUGGCAGUCCCUUCACAGCCUCCGUUCUGUGACAUUGGAUCAUAUUGCUGACAUAAAUGAUCAGCUCCAAGGACUUAGACAAGUGAAGAGCCUGCAACAACUUCGUAUAUGGCGGUGUGAUAGCUUAGAGGAAAUUCCAAGUUGGAUCAACGACUCUAAUUCGCUUAAGACAAUUUCGAUCAAGCUAUGCCCCAAGUUGACAGUAUCGCGUGACAAACUUAGCCUCAUUACCAGUUCAAAAAAGGUGGAGAUUGAGGACUGUCCUCGACUUUCUCACAUUGCAACCAUGCUUAAAGAUCCUCUCUACACUCAAUAAUUCAAACUCCCCUGUUGUUUCAGUUUUUUCACUUAUUCAGGUGGAAUUGCAUGGUUGAUGGUGUUGCUUCUAAGGCUUGUUUUCUGGAUUCUCCAAGUUGGUGGUUUUGGUUGUGUUGAGUUUGUAAUAAUGUCAUUAUUGUGUUGUGUUGGCUUUGUUUGGUUUGUGUUUUAUUUCUGAUGACAUUAUUGUAUUAUGAUUUCUUAGUUUGAUGAAUGAAAGUAUAGUGUAUGGAUA